AGAGCCAUUUAUCUUUCUGAAGCCGUUGUUCCAUGAUGUCACUGAUCCGUGUGUUUGUGUACGGGACCCUGAAGAGGGGGCAGCCCAACUAUCACUACAUGGUGAACACAGACAAUGGCAUGGCCAAGUUCGUCGGUAAAGGACGGACUGCUGACCGAUUGCCGCUGGUCGUGGCAUCAAAAUACAACAUUCCCUUCCUGCUGGAUCUCAGGGGACAAGGAGAGCAUGUGGAAGGUGAGAUCUACGAUGUAGACCAGAAGAUGGCAGACUUCUUGGAUGACUUUGAGUCUCACCCAACUCUCUAUCAAAAUACACCAAUUCCAGUUGAGCAGCUGACCAAUGAAGAAGAUCAAGACCUUGGUGAUGGGAAGGUCACACACCAGUGUUCUGCGUACCUCCUGAAGCAGUUCAAACCUUACAUGGCCCAGCUGCCCUGCCUUUCCAACUACAGCAGCCAGGGGAUACCUGGUGUCGACGCCUACAUGGAGAGGUACAACCGAGACCCGACGGAGGGCCUAGAUUUUGUCAUAGGGGAAGUCAGAUACAGGGAUAACUGACAAAACCAACUACUGUUGUAACUCAGGGCAGGUCCAAACUGGCUAUGACAUUUUUUGUCAUUUUUUCGUAGGAACAGAUUGAGGAUGAAUGAGUGAUAUUUUGUUACUAAAUCAGGGUUUAGCACUAUGCUGCACAUUUAGUAUAUCAUCUGAUUUAUAGACAUAAUGACCCAAGAAACAGUCUCUAAAUGUAGAACUGGGAAAUGUC